UAGGUGGCAGGCUUUUAGUUACACGUGGCACUAUUCGAGACUGACCAGGGGGCACGAGACCAAACGCAAGAGCUUGUAGAAAGCUAUAAGUAGCUUACUUCUAAGAAGGCCAGCGCAGAGGAGGAAGUGAAUGGUUUGUAGAGCUUUGAAAUGGCUAAUAGAGCUACAUCUGCUAUGAGCCGAGUAGAGGGGUUGGUUGAUAAAGUGAAUGAGCUGAAAGAAGAGCUUGAGAAGGCUCAAGUAGAGAGAGAGAAAGAGAGAGAGAGUGGAAUCUCAACCGCCAAACAAGAGGUGAAGCAUGCUAAAGAGUGCGCAAUGAGGGCUGAAGCGAAAAGGGAUAACGCUAUAAACAAGCUAAACUCCUUGAGAUCGAGAGUGGCCAAGGCUAAUCAAGAACUUGGGCAUGUGCAAAUGGCGAUGAAUGAAAUGAAAACGUCAUUUUGACAUUCGAUUGACAUUGCUUGUGCCUAGGGGGCUCAAUGGCUAGUUGACUCAAACGCGUUUUAGGAUGCUAUGGGUAUUGCAUCGAUGACCACAAUGAUGUAAGUGAGCCUAUUGAGUUGAACCCAUUAUGAAUGUUGGGCUUGCUCCCUAACAAUUCCUUCUUCCUUUUUCUCUAUCGUCGUGUUUCAUAUUUCGUCAUUAUCUUUCUCACCAUGAAAUUGUAAGAAAGAAAGAAAUGAUUGAAAGUAUC